AUGUUUGGAGAUUUUCAUUUGAUGAAUUCUGAAAUUGCACAAUUUUCCAACAAAUUGUCAGGAGUUCUGGCUCAAACCAUUGACAGGAUGAUUCAUGAAGAUGAUCGAAAUGGAGUUAUCAAAAAGGUGUCUUGAAAUAUGUAUCAUUUUAUGCUUAAUAAGACACACAAAAAACUCAUGAGCAAUAACAUAAUGUAACUUUUCCUCAGUCCAAUUUUGAUUUUUCGAUGUUAUCAAUAUUGGGAUAAUCCCAGUUUGAUUUGCUUAUAUAGGGUAGUAAUGCAGAAUUUUAGCCAUCUAGGUUCUGAGCUUGAUAGCAUGCACUCGGCAUGGUCUGCCAAGUGACCAAAUUCUCAAGAUUUGUGGAGAUGUUGAAACUAAAGCAGAGCUGCCUCCUCUGUCCUGGGCUCGGGCAAAGGGCUCUCAUGUCUCAUCUUAGCUUUUCAGGGCGCUCUGAAGAAAUGAUGACGUACUGUUAUCAAAAUGUCUUGGAGGAAGGUAAACGAAGGGGCGAUCAACACAUACCAAUGGAGGAAAUUUUGAUUCUUUUAUCUUUAGUGAGACUGGGGAAAAUAAUUUUAUAAACUCAGGAAAUUAACUCAGAAACUUUGUUUGAGUAAUUUACUUCCAACUAAGUGCAGAUGAAACUUAAAAUUUGCCCGAGCUCAUGAAAAGUGCACACACGCACACACACAACUUAUCACCUGACACACACACACACAACUUAUCACCUGGAACACUUAGGAAAGUUCCAACAAUGAAAAUCCUCCAAAUUUCAAAACAUUUCAGGUGGUUCGAGCACAACUCUUACCAAACCAAGCUGAAGUUGUGUCUCGGCACUUAAUGUUAGCCAAGAACCGGUACUGGCGCAACCAUCCCAGGGCUAGAUGCUAUCACCUGCUAUACCACCUUGAAGCUACAGAGAUGAGGAAAAGGUAG